AUGGAUGAAGUUGUAUUACUUUCCGUAGUUUUGGUUCUCUUGAUUUCAAUUCCUUCUCUCAUUCAAUGCAAAUCGAAAAAGAAAGAAAGUAGUAGAAAAGUGGACAGAGGUAAAGCAAAAGUUGAUGCAAGAUCGAGAGGAGUUUCGAGAAAGAAGUCAUCUGAAACAGCAGCAGAAGGCAAUAAAGUUUCAAUUGCGAAAUGUCUGAAAAGUAAAGAGAAACGAUCAAAUGAACAGACAAUUCAGCCAACGAUUCCGAAGGAUGGAAUGAAAAUAAAGGCUAAAAAGAAUAAUAAAAAGAGCAAAUCCAAAGAAACGACAGUUUCGAAGACUACUGUAUCAACAGAAGAUUAUGAUCCUGUAGAUGAAAAGACAGCGAAAGAUUAUACGGAGAAAAAGACGAGAACAGUUUCAACUGCUGAAGAGCGUAUUCCUUCAAGACGGGAACAACGCACACAGUCUACAUCAAUUGAGACGAUUGCAGAUAAGCCGAAAAAGAAGCCAAAAACAGAGGAAUACAUGGAGUCGCAGAAUGAUGAUGACACGUUGAGAUGUGUGAAAAGUAUCUGUAAUUAA